UGUUUGAAGCAGUAGAGAUAAAAUUUUUCUGAUUUUCUUUUCUUUAUGGAUUUAGAGAACUGUUCGGUUUCUUGUUCGUUGUCGCCGUCGCCGUCGCCGAUUUCCGGGGCGGAGGUUUCCGAGGAUCGGAUGGUGGAUAUGGAGCUCGAGGCGGCGGAGGCCUUGGCGGAUUUGGCGCAUUUAGCGAUGAGAGAAAGUGGCGGUGGUGGAACCGCCACGAAUUGGGGCUGCAGAGGGAAACGAGUCAGGAAAAGAGUCAAGAGCGAGUCACUAUCACCGCCAGGUCCUUCCGGGUUGAAUUUGACCCCGAUUGACCCGGUUCAACACUGUUCUGAUCCGGCUGAUCAGGAUCAAGCAGAACCGGAUCGGGAACGGGAUGAAACAACGUGUAGCAAUGUAAUAAUUAAAUCAAUAAAAGCUGAGCAAGAUGCUGAGUCAAUUUCUAUGUGUGCCACAAGAUACACAUCAGUGGGUGGUGGCAGGUCAAGACAAAAUCUAACUGAGGCUGAGAAGGAAGCUAGGAGAAUACGUAGAAUAUUGGCAAACAGAGAAUCAGCUAGGCAGACGAUUCGUCGCAGACAGGCUCUGUGUGAGGAGUUAACCAGAAAAGCUGCUGAUUUGGCAAGGGAGAAUGAGAGUUUAAAGAGGGAAAAGGAGUUAGCUUUUAAAGAAUAUGAGUCUCUGGAGACUAUAAAUAAGCAUUUGAAGACAAUGAUGGCAAAAGCAGUAAAAUCUCAGGUUGAUGAAUCACCAGGAGAGCUUAAGCCAGCCCAUGCUGAGAUGACUGUCUCUCCUUCUGCAAACUGUUCGUUGCUCUUGUAUAACCACCAUCCUUUUUCACCACUUGGCUGGCCUUCUAUGAUUCAAAAUUCACAUGCACUGCAAUCAGGACAUGGGCUGCAGAACCCUGUCAUUAUUCCGUCGAACCUUCUGACACCAGUUGUUCGUAAGCUUGAUUCUCAGGAUCAAGAAAACCCUACGAAUGUUAAUGCAACUGGAACUCCUUUUUAUAUAUUACCAUGCCCUUGGUUUGUCCCUCUUCACGAUAAUGGGAAUGGAUUCCAUGCUCAACCCCCUGAUAGCCUGAAAAAUGUACAGGAUGAAACUUCAAGGCAUAAUGGAUAUGAUGUUUGUUCAUCAUCACAAAGUGUCACAAAUAUGGAGAACUUCUUGUUCCGUGCAAAAGCUAACAAUGAGGUUUCUGGUUCAACUGAAGUUAGAACCGCUACUGAUCUUAAAAAUAUGCCAGUUGAGUUUCCUCCAACUGGAGGUGUUCAGCAUAGUGGACCUUGCCCAAGAGAAGCAACUUCUACACAAGCACCACUGUGUUCUGUUGGAGGUACGCUUAUUGUUAAUCAUGAGAAUGUGCAUUGCAAUAGUGAAGCUAUUUCUAUGAAAGCAAAUCAUAUUGCAAAUGCUUUGUCGGAGAAGAAACAAGAGGCAGCCAAGCAUCCAAGUACGAAAGUAGUGGAUGCAGUUGCUGCAGCUGAGGCAAGAAAGAGGAGGAAAGAACUUACAAAACUGAAAAGCCUCCAUGGUCGUCAAUGUCGAUUGCACUGUUGAGCUUAUCGGCCAACAUUAUAGUUGGCACCAGGAUUAAAAGGAAUUCUGAUAAGCUUGACUCUCGUUUUAUUCAUCUUUAAACAUGGAAGUUUUUCCAACAGAACAAAAUUUAUGACUCUUGGGUGAUCGUAACACCAUGUUUCAGGUUUGAGGCUCUUUCUAUUCUUCUAAAUGUUUUUGGAAGGUGGAAAAGGACUGAAAUUUUAGGUUUAGGUAGUUUCUUUUAAUUUAUGUAUUAGGAAACACAAUCAAGGUCAAGUCGGAAUACAGUGAUAGCCGAGCAUGUAAUGUUUUUUUUGAGUAGCCGGCGCUCUGUGUGAAGAUGAGUUCCUUAAGUUAACAGAUUGGUGCUGCCAUUUUGAUGUGGUUCGACUGAGGAAGGGGCAGCGAAAUAGGAGUUGAGAAAUGGCAUGGAUUUAGCUUAUUAUGUGUUGUAACUUUAUACAAGUAUCUAUACCCUUUUUCAUUUAUGUAUUUUUUUUGUAUCAGGACCCAGAAUAAAAUUCCGUAACUAUAAACUUAGUAUCCAAAUUUGUAUACAA